AUGGAAGAAGCUAAUGUUGUUGAAGCUAAAGAUGGAACUAUUUCUGUUGCUUCUGCAUUUGCUGGUCACCAGGAAGCUGUUCAGGAUAGAGACCACAAAUUCUUGACAAAGGCAGUUGAAGAAGCCUACAGAGGAGUGGACUGUGGAAAUGGAGGCCCUUUUGGUGCAGUAGUUGUUCGCGAUGAUGAAGUUGUUGCAAGCUGUCACAAUAUGGUUUUGAAGCACACUGACCCUACAGCUCAUGCUGAGGUUACAGCAAUAAGAGAGGCAUGUAAAAAGCUAAGCAAAAUUGAGCUCUCUGAUUGUGAGAUUUAUGCUUCGUGUGAGCCAUGUCCUAUGUGCUUUGGUGCCAUCCAUCUCUCAAGAAUUAAGAGGUUGGUUUACGGAGCCAAAGCAGAAGCUGCGAUUGCCAUCGGAUUUGAUGAUUUUAUUGCAGAUGCACUGAGAGGUACUGGGUUUUAUCAGAAGGCUAAUUUGGAGAUCAAAAGAGCCGAUGGUAAAGAGGCCAUCAUAGCAGAGCAGGUGUUCGAAAAAACUAAGGCCAAAUUUCAAUUCUACAUGGCUUCUUCUUCUGCUUCUCUUUGUCUUCCAGCAAAUGGAAACCGGACUGGUUUUCGAACUGGGUCUGCCGGAUUAUGUAACAGGCGUUUGUCGUCCACUCAGUUGAGGACUCGGAGGUUCAUAAUUCGCUCUGAUUUGGACUCUAAUGUUUCUGACAUGAGCACUAACGCUCCAAAAGGUUUGUUUCCACCGGAACCUGAACAUUACAGGGGCCCCAAGCUAAAAGUGGCUAUUAUUGGAGCUGGGCUUGCCGGCAUGUCAACAGCAGUGGAGCUUUUGGAUCAAGGCCAUGAGGUGGAUAUAUAUGAAUCAAGGUCUUUCAUUGGGGGAAAAGUGGGCUCAUUUGUUGACAAACGUGGAAACCAUAUUGAGAUGGGGCUCCACGUUUUCUUUGGUUGCUACAAUAAUCUUUUUCGUUUGAUGAAAAAGGUUGGUGCUGACAAAAAUUUGCUUGUGAAGGAUCAUACUCAUACUUUUGUUAACAGUGGGGGUGAAAUAGGCGAACUUGAUUUUCGUUUUCCAUUUGGAGCACCAUUACAUGGAAUAGGUGCAUUUUUGUCAACAAAUCAGCUCAAGACUUAUGAUAAAGCAAGAAAUGCUGUGGCUCUUGCCCUUAGUCCAGUUGUUAGGGCACUUGUUGAUCCAGAUGGAGCAAUGAGGCAGAUACGGGAUCUGGAUAAUAUAAGCUUCUCCGAUUGGUUCUUAUCCAAAGGAGGGACACGUGCGAGUAUCCAGAGAAUGUGGGAUCCUGUUGCUUAUGCCCUUGGAUUCAUUGACUGUGAUAAUAUCAGUGCCCGCUGUAUGCUCACUAUAUUUUCAUUGUUUGCAACUAAAACUGAGGCUUCCCUGCUACGCAUGCUUAAAGGUUCUCCUGACAUCUAUUUGAGUGGCCCCAUCAAAAAGUAUAUUAUAGACAAGGGAGGCAGGUUCCAUCUGAGGUGGGGAUGCAGAGAAGUUCUCUAUGAUAGAUCUUCUGAUGGGGGGAUAUAUGUAACAGGACUUGCCAUGUCCAAGGCUACUCAAAAGGAAAUUGUAAAAGCUGAUGCUUAUGUAGCAGCUUGUGAUGUCCCAGGAAUUAAAAGAUUACUUCCACAGAAGUGGAGGGAAUUGAAAUUCUUUGAUAAUAUCUAUAAACUAGUAGGAGUACCUGUUGUUACAGUGCAGCUUCGUUAUAAUGGUUGGGUUACAGAGUUGCAGGACCUGGAACGUGCAAGGCAAUUAAGACGAGCGGCUGGCUUGGAUAAUCUCCUCUACACACCGGAUGCAGAUUUUUCUUGCUUUGCAGACCUUGCACUCACAUCUCCUGAAGAUUAUUAUCUUGAGGGUCAAGGCUCAUUGCUCCAAUGCGUGCUUACACCUGGGAACCCAUACAUGCCUUUACCGAAUGAUGAAAUUAUAAAGAGAGUUUCAAAGCAGGUUCUGGCUCUAUUUCCUUCUUCACAAGGUCUUGAAGUCACUUGGGCUUCAGUUGUCAAAAUUGGGCAAUCACUAUAUCGUGAAGCACCUGGUACAGAUCCAUUUAGGCCUGAUCAGAAGACGCCUGUGCCAAAUUUCUUCCUUGCUGGUUCCUAUACGAAACAGGAUUACAUCGACAGCAUGGAAGGAGCGACUCUGUCGGGCAGACAAGCUUCUGCAUAUAUAUGCAAUGCAGGAGAAGACUUAGUGGCAUUGAGGAAGAAUCUCAUGGCUUCUGUAUCGAGGGAAACACCUGAGCUGCUUCUACCUUUGAGGAGUUGA